UUGUAUUUGCGAGUGUUUGGCUCAGUGUUUCCUCGCCGGAUCAUCCCUGUGUGGGACAGUUUUUUCUCACAGCUCUAUUCCUCGGCUGGGAGCAGUAGACUUUCGCUCUACAUACAGAAGUGGAGGAUGGAGACCAGCCCCAUCCCGGUGGUGACAGUCCAAACUGCCCCGUUUGAGGACCAGCGGCCCGGCACCAACGGGCUGCGGAGGAAGACGGCGGUGUUCGAGGGCAAGAAAAACUACCUGCAGAACUACAUCCAGAGCGUGCUGUCCUCCAUCGACCUGAGGGACCGACAGGGCUGCACCAUGGUGGUGGGCAGCGACGGACGCUUCUUCAGCCGAUCGGCCAUCGAGGUUAUAGUGCAGAUGGCAGCUGCAAACGGGAUUGGCCGUCUGGUAAUCGGUCACAACGGCCUGCUUUCCACUCCCGCUGUUUCCUGCAUCAUCAGGAAGAUCAAGGCGAUUGGUGGGAUCAUCCUCACUGCAAGUCACAACCCAGGAGGCCCCAGUGGAGACUUUGGAAUCAAGUUUAAUGUGGCAAAUGGAGGCCCAUCUCCAGAUACAGUGAUGGAGAGGAUCCAUCAGGUGAGCCGGACUCUGGAGGAGUACGCCAUCUGCCCUGAUCUGCACAUUGACCUGUCAAGGCUGGGAAGACAAGAGUUUGAUCUUGAAAACAAAUUCAAACCUUUCAGAGUGGAGAUCGUGGACUCAGUUGAAGUGUAUCUACAGCUGUUGAGAAACAUAUUCGACUUCUCCGCCAUUAAAAGUCUCCUGACAGGACCAAAUCAGCUGAAGAUACACGUAGAUGCCAUGAAUGGAGUGAUGGGCCCCUAUGUGCGCAGGAUCCUGUGCGAUGAGUUGGGAGCUCCCGCUAACUCUGCAGUAAACUGUGUCCCUCUGGAGGACUUUGGUGGACGGCCCCCAGAGCCCAACUUGGUCUAUGCCACCUCUUUGGUGGAUGCAAUGAAAGGAGGCGAAUUUGGCUUUGGAGCUGCGUUUGAUGCAGACGGGGACCGAUACAUGAUCCUUGGAGAAAACGGCUUCUUUGUGAACCCGUCGGAUUCAGUGGCCAUCAUGGCUGCCAACCUCUCCACCAUCCCCUAUUUCAAGCAGCAUGGAGUCAGAGGGUUUGCCAGGAGUAUGGCCACCAGCACUGCCCUCGACAGGGUGGCGAAAGCCAUGAAACUGGCACUGUAUGAGACUCCCACGGGCUGGAGGUACUUCGGAAACCUGAUGGAUUCUGGGCGUUGUUCCCUCUGUGGGGAGGAGAGCUUUGGGACAGGUUCAAACCACAUUCGUGAGAAAGAUGGCUUGUGGUCAGUGUUAGUUUGGUUGUCCAUCAUGGCGGCCAGGAAACAGGGUGUUGAGCAGAUUGUCCGAGAGCACUGGGCCAAGUUUGGACGCAACUUCUUCUGCAGAUUUGAUUAUGAAGGCCUGGAUCCACGUCCAGCCUUUUACCUGAUGAGGGAUCUGGAGGGAGUAAUCUCAGACAAAGCAUUCACCAGUCAGAAGUUUGCUGUUGGGGACCAUAUCUACUGUGUCGAGAGGGCCGACAACUUUGAGUACAUUGACCCCGUGGAUGGGACGGUGGCUCGGAACCAGGGUUUAAGGAUCAUCUUUACAGACGCGUCCCGUCUGGUGUUUCGCAUGAGCGGGAAUGGAGGAGGGAUGGGUUCAACCAUCCGUAUUUAUGCCGAGAGCUUUGAGAGAGACCCCGAGAGACACAACAGAGAGACUCAGGUGGUGCUGGGUCCUCUCAUCGCCAUCGCCCUGAAGAUUUCCAACAUUCACGAGAGGACAGGACGCCGGGGUCCAAAUGUCAUCACAUGA